AGUGACCUCGGGGUCGUUCGGCCUCCUGGUCCUCGCUGGAGCCGCGGACCUCAGUCGUCCAUCCACACCUCCCCCCUCCUGCCCCCGCCCAUCUCACUCUCUCAACACCCCAGGUCAGGUCGACUGCCCGAGGCAUUCCUCUUCUGCGUUCCCAAGUCCGGGAGACCCACUCUAGCGCCGCGGUUCCCUGCGACCCCGCAGCCGCUCAGCAGACCUCCCAUUCUUCCCUGCAUCAUCGGGCAUUAGGGAGGCAGCCUACGGUGAUUCCCCUCAGAGCCUGUUUGCCAGGCAAGGACCCCUGGCCAGGAUGUCAGGCCUGGUGUUGGGGCAGCGAGAUGAGCCUACUGGGCACCGGCUCAGCCAAGAGGAGAUCCUGGGCAGCACACGGCUGGUGAGCCAGGGGCUAGAGGCCCUACACAGUGAACACCAGGCUGUGCUGCAAAGCCUGUCCCAGACCAUUGAGUGUCUGCAGGGAGACCAUGAGGAGGGGCUGGUGCAUGAGAAGGCCCGGCAGCUUCGCCGUUCUAUGGAAAACAUUGAGCUCGGGCUGAGUGAGGCCCAGGUGAUGCUGGCUCUAGCUAGCCAUCUGACCACAGUGGAGUCGGAGAAACAGAAGCUGCGGGCUCAGGUGCGGCGGCUAUGCCAGGAGAACCAGUGGCUGCGGGAUGAGCUGGCUGGCACCCAGCAGCGGCUACAGCGCAGUGAACAGGCCGUGGCUCAGCUGGAGGAGGAAAAGAAGCACCUGGAGUUUCUGGGGCAGCUGCGGCAGUAUGAUGAGGAUGGACACACCACGGAGGAGAAAGAAGGUGAUGCCGCCAAGGAUUCCCUGGAUGACCUCUUCCCUAAUGAGGAAGAAGAGGACCCCAGCAAUGGCUUGUCCCGUGGUCAAGGAGCUGCAGCAGCCCAGCAGGGUGGAUACGAGAUCCCAGCAAGAUUGCGGACGUUGCACAACCUGGUGAUCCAGUAUGCAGCCCAGGGUCGCUAUGAGGUGGCUGUGCCACUCUGUAAGCAGGCACUAGAGGACCUGGAGCGCACAUCAGGCCGGGGCCACCCUGAUGUUGCCACCAUGCUCAACAUUCUUGCUUUGGUGUAUCGGGACCAGAAUAAGUAUAAGGAAGCUGCCCACUUGCUGAAUGAUGCCCUCAGCAUCCGGGAGAGCACCCUGGGCCCGGACCAUCCUGCUGUGGCUGCCACGCUCAACAAUUUGGCUGUGCUCUAUGGCAAAAGGGGCAAAUACAAGGAGGCGGAGCCUCUGUGCCAGCGGGCACUGGAGAUUCGAGAAAAGGUCCUGGGCACUAAUCACCCAGAUGUGGCAAAGCAGCUGAACAACCUGGCCCUCUUGUGCCAAAACCAGGGCAAGUAUGAGGCCGUGGAACGCCACUACCAGCGAGCACUGGCCAUCUAUGAGGGGCAACUGGGGCCAGACAACCCUAAUGUAGCCCGGACCAAGAACAACCUGGCUUCCUGUUACCUGAAACAGGGCAAAUAUGCUGAGGCUGAGACACUAUACAAAGAGAUCCUGACCCGUGCCCAUGUGCAGGAGUUUGGGUCUGUGGAUGAUGACCACAAGCCCAUCUGGAUGCAUGCAGAGGAGCGGGAGGAAAUGAGCAAAAGCCGGCAUCAUGAGGGUGGCACACCCUAUGCUGAGUAUGGAGGCUGGUACAAGGCCUGCAAAGUGAGCAGCCCCACAGUGAACACGACUCUGAGAAACCUGGGAGCUCUGUAUAGGCGCCAGGGAAAGCUGGAGGCCGCUGAGACCCUGGAGGAAUGUGCUCUGCGGUCCCGGAGACAGGGCACUGACCCUAUCAGCCAGACGAAGGUGGCAGAGCUGCUUGGAGAGAGUGACGGUAGAAGGACCUCCCAGGAGGGCCCUGGGGACAGUGUGAAAUUCGAAGGAGGUGAAGAUGCUUCUGUGGCUGUGGAGUGGUCGGGAGAUGGCAGUGGGACCCUGCAGAGGAGUGGCUCUCUGGGCAAGAUCCGGGAUGUGCUCCGCAGAAGCAGUGAACUCCUAGUGAGGAAGCUCCAGGGGACUGAGCCUCGGCCCUCCAGCAGCAACAUGAAGCGAGCAGCCUCCCUGAACUAUCUGAACCAACCUAGAGCAGCACCCCUCCAGGUCUCCCGGGGCCUCAGUGCCAGCACCAUGGACCUCUCUUCAAGCAGUUGACAUUCAACCCAGCCCCCAGGUCUGCUGGGUCCCUGCCCACAGCCCUCACAGCAUUCCCCAUUGCUCCUGGCUCUUCCCCACCCCAGGUGGGACAGUGAAGGGGAGCAGUUUAACCAGAAGAUUGCUGCUGCCCUUAGGGUCUCAGCUCCCUCCUCAGGAAUCCCUCUUAGGAAGGACCCUCAGGACACCCUCUCCCCACUCUGUGGUCCUCUAGAGUAGCUAGCUCUGAGGCCCCCAAGGUGGGUACAAAGCAGGUUUGGCCCUCAGAGAUGCAGCCUGCUGCUGGCUUUUCAGUCAGAGGGUUGGGGGCUGGCCAGCCAAGCCGCCUUGUCCUGGCCGCUCUUAUCCCCUCCCUCUGCUGUCUCACUUCAGGUCCAUGUAUUUCACUUUUCUUAAAUAAAAGAAUCAGGUAACCUUUCUGCAA